GCGGCCGCGGAGAAACGUGACACACCAGCCCGCUCGCAGGGGUUUCGGACCGAAGGGAAGGAGCCGCGCCGCGUCGCCCGCCUCCCUGUGCUCCGCAGGCACUUCUCCCGGGCUAACCCGAACUCUCCCGUGACCUCCGUGUGCCCUCAGGCCGCCCACCCGCCCGGAGCUCCGGACAACUUCAGGGGUGGGGUGCGGAGAAAGUUUGCAGCUCCUGCCGCCCGCCUCCACGCCGCUCGGCCUAGGAGGCUCUCCGCCCGCGCUCGCCCGUUCGGCCUUGCCCGGGACCGCGUCCUGCCCCGCCACCGCCACCAUGAACAAGCUUUACAUCGGCAACCUCAACGAGAGCGUGACCCCCGCAGACUUGGAGAAAGUAUUCGCGGAGCACAAGAUCUCCUACAGCGGCCAGUUCUUGGUCAAAUCCGGCUACGCCUUCGUGGACUGCCCCGACGAGCACUGGGCGAUGAAGGCCAUCGAAACUUUCUCGGGGAAAGUAGAACUACAAGGAAAACGCCUAGAGAUUGAACACUCGGUCCCCAAAAAACAAAGGAGUCGGAAAAUUCAGAUCCGAAACAUUCCACCUCAGCUCCGAUGGGAAGUGCUGGACAGCCUGCUGGCCCAGUAUGGCACAGUGGAGAACUGUGAGCAAGUGAACACAGAAAGUGAAACAGCCGUGGUCAACGUCACCUACUCUAACCGGGAGCAGACCAGGCAAGCCAUUAUGAAGCUCAAUGGCCACCAGCUGGAGAACCAUGCCCUGAAGGUCUCCUACAUACCUGAUGAGCAGAUAGCCCAGGGUCCCGAGAACGGGCGCCGUGGAGGCUUUGGCUCUCGGGGCCAGCCCCGGCAAGGAUCGCCUGUGGCAUCGGGGGCUCCGGCCAAGCAGCAGCAAGUAGACAUCCCCCUCCGGCUCUUGGUUCCCACGCAGUAUGUAGGCGCUAUCAUUGGCAAGGAGGGUGCCACCAUCCGCAACAUCACAAAACAGACUCAAUCCAAGAUAGACGUGCACAGGAAGGAGAACGCGGGAGCUGCCGAGAAGGCCAUCAGCGUGCACUCAACUCCGGAAGGCUGCUCCUCGGCCUGUAAGAUGAUCUUGGAGAUAAUGCAUAAGGAGGCGAAGGACACCAAAACGGCAGAUGAGGUUCCCCUGAAGAUCCUGGCCCAUAAUAACUUUGUGGGGCGACUCAUUGGCAAGGAAGGAAGGAACUUGAAGAAGGUGGAGCAGGACACGGAGACAAAGAUCACCAUCUCCUCGCUCCAGGACCUCACUCUCUAUAACCCCGAGAGGACCAUCACCGUGAAGGGGGCCAUUGAGAACUGCUGCAGGGCGGAGCAAGAGAUCAUGAAGAAAGUUCGAGAGGCCUACGAGAAUGAUGUGGCCGCCAUGAGUUUACAGUCCCACCUCAUCCCUGGUCUCAACCUGGCCGCUGUAGGUCUCUUCCCAGCUUCGUCCAGUGCCGUCCCACCACCUCCCAGCAGCGUCACUGGGGCUGCCCCCUAUAGCUCCUUCAUGCAGGCUCCGGAGCAGGAGAUGGUCCAGGUGUUCAUCCCCGCCCAGGCUGUGGGCGCCAUCAUUGGCAAGAAGGGCCAGCACAUCAAACAGCUCUCGCGGUUUGCCAGCGCCUCCAUCAAGAUUGCUCCACCGGAAACACCUGACUCCAAAGUUCGGAUGGUUAUCAUUACUGGACCCCCAGAGGCUCAGUUCAAGGCUCAGGGAAGAAUCUAUGGCAAACUGAAAGAAGAGAAUUUCUUCGGUCCCAAGGAGGAAGUAAAGUUGGAGACCCACAUACGGGUACCAGCUUCAGCGGCUGGCCGGGUCAUCGGCAAAGGCGGCAAAACGGUGAACGAGCUGCAGAACCUGACGGCGGCCGAGGUGGUGGUGCCCAGAGACCAGACCCCGGAUGAGAACGACCAAGUCAUCGUUAAGAUCAUCGGGCAUUUCUAUGCCAGCCAGAUGGCGCAGCGGAAGAUCCGAGACAUCCUGGCUCAGGUGAAGCAGCAGCACCAGAAGGGGCAGUGCAACCAGGCCCAGGCACGGAGGAAGUGACCACCCCUUCCUGUCCCGUUGGCUCCAGAUCAGCAGGCAGACCGCAGAACUGGAGGGCGGAGGGCCAGUGUGCUCUUCCCAGCAGGCCUGAGAAUGAGUGGGAAUCAGGGCUUUUGGGUCUGGCUGGAGAUCAGGUUUGCCCACUGUCUUGAGCAAAUGUCCCAGUGAGGAAUCCUGAUCUCUUGCCCCCAAUUCAGUCAGGUGGCCACCAUGGCCACCCUUGGAAUGUCACCGCUGCAGAUGUAGCUUGGGUUACUUUUAAACGUGGAUUAUUCUGAGGAAGUUCUCCAGCCUCCAUCAGAAAGAUGGGUAAGCCCCCAGUGGGGGAGAGAAAUAAAAUUUCCUUCAGGUUUU